AUACCACAUCCUGGUUUUAUGUAGCACAAGGAGGAGCAGGAGCUGACACUUUUCUUUGCAUUUCCAAACGCCUCUCCCACAAGGCAUGGUUGUAGGAAUUAUCAGGAAGCAUUUCCACAGAUGAGAUGACACCAAAGCUCUGCUCUAUCUACAGUAUUUCUUCUUGACAGGAAAUACUGGAAGCGCCUUUCAAGGGUCUCAGCUCUACCUUUUAGGAUCAGACAGCUCUCUGAUUUAUUGUAGAUAUGAGAUAUCAAGCUGUUCUGCGCCUUGCUGCUGUAACUGCUGUCCUCCUAAUAACAUGGGGAAUCUCCAUUAACUCAUUUGAUGUGCGGAAAGCAAGAAGUAUUCUGAGGCUUAAUUACGAAGAUCAAAUCAAACCUACAUUCAAAACAGCUACACCUAAGUGCAACCUCUCUAGAGCCUGUCCACCCGACCAUUUCGCUUUUUACAUCAGGAGCGGAGCAGCUAAUGUUAUCGGACCAAAGAUCUGUUUUGAUGGUAAAAUCAUCAUGAGUCAUGUGUUGAAUAAUGUGGGACCAGGACUGAACAUUGUGGUGGUAAAUGGUGAAAAAGGAGUUGUGGAAAAAUGUGGCUAUCUUAAUAUGAUAUCUGGAAACCCACACGACAUAUUGGCGUACCUGAACGCGAUAAAACCUGGAAUGAUUGUUUUGGUGGCCUCGUUUGAUGAUGUGACAACAAAGAUGACAAAAGAAAUGAGGGAUGUAUUUGUUGGAAUGGGAAGCACUUUGAUCACAUCUGUAAAACACAGAGACAGCUGGGUGUUUGCUGGAAGAGCAGGGGCAGAAAAUAAAACCCUCUUUGAGAAGCAAGCUGUUAAUGAAGAGAAAACCAACGUUUAUGAAAACUGGCCGGAUAUGGUGGAGGUGGACGGCUGCUUCCAAAGGACCAUAACUGACGGACAUGAACCUUAAAGGACCUUUGUGAUGAAAAGGAGAAUAUCUUCCUUUUUUCAUGGCCUUUCAAGAAUUCCCUCUAAAAUGAUGCCAUACCAAAUAGUUUUACACUCUUUCUGAAAUUCAAGAUGUAACCUGUUGGACCCACUAUUCGCUUAAGCUAUGUUUUAUGUAUUGCAUUGUGUGCAGUUUUAUUUCUGCUGCUUCUGUCCACUCUCAACAUCUACUGCAUGUCUGUUCAUGCUGAAAGUGUGGUCCCUCCGCUGUUGCUCUGCCUGGAGUUUUCCUUGAGUUUAGGACAGAAGGUGUACCAUUUUGUACAGACUGUAAAGCCGUCAGAGGGAAGUUUGUCAUAUGUGAUUCUGGGAUAUAGAAAUAAAAAUGUCUCCACUUGA